UUUAUGUAUGGUGUAGUUUAUGUAUGGUGUGGUUUAUGUAUGGUGUGGUUUAUGUAUGGUGUGGUUUAUGUAUGGUGUGGUUUAUGUAUGGUGUGGUAUAUGUGUGGUUUAGUUUAUGUAUGGUGUGGAUUAUGUAUUAUGUGGUUUAUGUAUGGUGUGGUUUAUGUAUGGUGUAGUUUAUGUAUGGUGUGGUUUAUGUAUGGUGUGGUUUAUGUAUGGUGUGGUUUAUGUAUGGUGUGGUUUAUGUAUGGUUUAGUUUAUGUAUGGUGUGGCUUAUGUAUGGUGUGGUUUAUGUAUCGUGUGGUUUAUGUAUGGUGUGGUUUAUGUAUUAUGUGGUUUAUGUAUGGUGUAGUUUAUGUAUGGUGUGGUUUAUGUAUGGUGUGGUUUAUGUAUAGUGUGGUUUAUGUAUAG